CUGAAGUGACAAGACGAAGCAUUGGGACAAAUAUAACUAGUAGCUGUGAUCCGGCCACUAUAGUUCAUUUUGUGUCAUGUGACACCAUGGUUAUUGACACUUCAUCGCCACAAGCAUGCAUUAGAAGGAACGAUUAUAGUAGACUUGUCAUUGUCAACAUUCUAGACUUUAAGAUAACGGAUCCUCAAUCUCGCCCGCCGCCAAGCUCAACCUGAAUAUAAUCGUAUCCACCCCACAGUACGUCACUCAUUCAACAUGCCAUCCCAUCUUUCACCCGCCCUAUUCGAUUCAUCAGCUGCUCGUAUUAGCAUCUUUCAAAUCUCCAACUCACUAGGCACUGAACUGUUGGAUGAUUACAUCGGACUCAUAGCAAAUCAAAAGCUUCGGACUGAAUUAUUCGUCUUGUCGUUUUUACUCAAAGAUCGAGUCUAUCCUGCCGAUCUUUGGGAAUUAGUUGGGGAGCGUAGUAUAGAAACGAAGCAAGAAGAAACAUUGCGAUUACACCAGAGUUCUUGUACUGGUGGAGAUGACGGAAGUCAUGCAAUUGUGGAGCGAAUUCUCAUAGAAGAGAGGAGGAAGCGGUGCCAGAUAGAGGUGUCUCUGUACAGCCAGGCCAUCGAACGCCUCGAGCAAUACCGGACGCCAUUACCACAUAUCGGCGAUUCAGCCACGCAUAACAUCAGGAUGCCCUCAGCAAUGUCGAAGAAAGAGGUUGCACCUUUGACCUGUCCGAUAGCUACGCAAGAGAUGUGUGAAGCUUGGAUAACUAGGAGCGAAGCCCACCUCAUCCCAGCUGCAGAACCCUUCAUUGAACGUAUCUCACCUUCGGACGAUUCUACUACCUCAGGACAGGAUCUAUCAACCACUGUGCAAGAAGAAAUACCAAAAUCCGCCAUUUUGAACCACAUCACCCCUUCAUUACCCCUGUUGAGCACGUGGGUCACCACUACAGCUAAAGAAGCCUUUUGCAAGGCAUUUAAAAUAGAACAGGCCAGUCAAGCGGAACUGGUGGCAAAGUCUCUUGCGAACAUGCGUGACAGCGGUUAUAUGCGCACUCGCGAGCGGGAUUCGUUCACCUUGCAAGCAAAAAUGCGCCGAGCCAAAGCCGAGAUAGAUCUAUAUACCCUCGCCAUCGACAAUACCCAUGAAUUCAAUUUCUCUGACAACAGUGCGUACAGAUCGAUCACGUGUUUUCUGUCACUACUGAUGCCCAUCCAGGUUCAUCAACGUCCUCUUCUGAUCAAAGUUUUCGGCAGCCUUUGUUCGAGAAAGUGUAUCGCUGUGAGGAGGACGUCGACGAUGAUUCGGACGAGGACUAUAAAUAUUGGUAAUGUAGGUUUUCAUGUAAUGGUCCCAUCCUGUAAAGGCACACAUUAAUACUAGUUACUACUGAUCGAAGGAUUCGAGCAUGAGACUUACUUCUGAACUUACCUGUGUAACGGGAAGGACUGCAAGGGAACCCAAGGCCAAACCUCU